AUGUUCUACGCGAGUAUGCAGUGUGGACCUGGUCGCAAUCCGUCGUACUUCACCUCCAUUGUCUACAAUUUUAGUGUGAAAGUCACUGUUGAUAUGCUAGCCAAUCUGUUGCAUCUUCCUCAUGAUGGAUACACUGCUGGGACUACAGAAGAGUUUGAUAGCUAUGGGUUCUAUCCUAUAGAAACAAUGUCCUACCUAGCUCGAGAUUAUGGGAAAUAUCAGUCCUCCAUGUUUUUCGUUGAACGGCUGCCAGAUGAUCUGAAAGCUCUCCAGUUCUACAUCACGCACAUGUUUCUUCCUCGAGAUGCUGAAACGGCAACGAUCCUUGAAGAAUCUGACCUUUGGAUUUUGUUCAACGCAAGGACAGGAUGCCCAAUCAGCUAUGCCUCUCUUAUGUUUAUCACAUGA